AUGACUCGGUCUCCCUCCCGCGCGCCGCCCGCGAGCCCGCGGGUGCCCGGCAAGCCGGCGGGCGGUGCGCCCAGCAGACCGCCCCAGGACCGCGCGAGGGACUCCAGCCCGACCGAGGUCCCCAGGCGCGCGCCGGUGGAUCGCGAGAAGACCAGGACGAGUCGAGCGGGCAGCAGGAACCAGGGGGUCGCAAGCAGUGCCGCGGAGCCGGAGGUCGCUGAUAAGGCGGCCAGCAACCCCCAGACACGUGGAGCCCCUGCCGGAGACGUGAACGCAAACAAGGCGGGCGCCGGAAACCAGACCACAAGUCUUGCUAAAGGCAUGAAGGUCGAUGUCUCGAAGGAAAACAACACGAAGAUACCGAGGCCAUCUUCAGCGCGGUUGCCACAGAAAACAUCUCCUCGCGUGCCAGCUAGAGAUUCUGACAAGAGGGAUCUGCAACUCAACAAGCUUCAGAAGACUGGUGUUUCCCACUGCGUUUUCACCGAACCCGAAAUGCCGAGCGCCCCCGCGAGGACCCGCGAGGCCGAGGGCGAGACGCGCUCCGAGCCGGAGCUGGUGGUGCUGCGGCCCGUGGCGCCGCCCAGGGUCAAGAAGCUGUCGGCGGGGGCCGGCGAGGACCCCAGCACCCUGUCCCCGGCCUCGUCGGCGCGCGCGCUGCUCGACCCGCUCCGCUUCGGCGACCAGCUGGCCAACUGCGAUCCGAACGCCGACCUUUCCAAGUUCACGAUCGAGCCAUUAAAGGCAAUCGACAAGGAAUACAAUGAUAUCUGCAGCACUACAGCCAUGAAGGUUCUCGAAGUCAUUAAAAUUAUUCCAGGGAAUGUUGAAGUCUACGCCAAUGAAGAGGUCACGAAUUUCAUUAAAACAGAUGCCAGCGAAAUUCACCAACGCAUGGCUAGAAACCAUCACAAAUUUGAAUGUGUGCUGCAGUUUAUAGAGCGUUUACAUGCACACAACAGUGAACUGUUUGAAAAAAACAAAGAGAAAAUAUAUCUCUUAGACCAAGAAAAUGUUAGUCUGAAAAGUGUGAGAGAUUCAUUAGAAAAUAAAAUAAAAGAGUACGAAACGAAGUGUAACGAGAUGAGCCAAAUUCUUAAAACCGAGGUAGAAAAGUUUGAAAGACUUCAGGCUGAAAAGUGCUCCGUUGACCUUGAAAUGAAAACGCAACUCCAAACUGAGCGGGAGAAAUGUGACAAGCUGGAGUACAAGAUUGAGUGCCUGCAACAGGAGAUCAAGAUAAAAGAUGAGAUGUACGAAAGCAGGAUAAAAGAGUACCAGCAGGUUACGAUCACGUCUAAAGAUAACAUGGCAAACAUCGAAAGAGAAAAACAACUACUCGAAAACAGGCUGGUGGAACUGACAAGUGAAAAUGCCAAGCUGAGUGCCAGCAUAAAGGACAUGAGGUCCCGCUCUGAAACAGAGAAGGAUCAACUGAAGAAGGACGAGAGCCGAAGGAAGGAAUUAGUGAAAGAUUUGGAGAACCUCAAGAAAAAGGAUUUAAAGGAUCAAGAAACGAUUAAAGAGUUGGAGGAAACUAUAAAAAUAAAGAAACAAAUGGAAGAUAAACUCUCAUCCCAGAUGAAAGCACUAAAGGAAGAACAAAGCAAGGCUGAAAAGAAACUACUGAGUCAGCAGCAACGCAUUGCUGCAUUGGAAAAGGAGAAAGCUGAUGCAUUAACGGAAAGAGAAGCAUCGAACAGCAAGAAGAUGGCCGAGAAAGAGUGCCUGCUUCACAAAAUGGAGGAGGAACUAAAAGUUUGCAGGAAAGAACUUGAAUGCAGCAAAGAAAAAACAAAGCAGUUGGAGGAAAAUAAGGCAAACCUUCUGGAAGCAAAAGCCAAAGAUAGCAACAGGCUUGAAAGCCUUACUAAAGAGAGACACUCGAUGGAGACAGCACUCAAAGAAGCAUUCGAUUACAAUGGACGCAUUGAGCAAGAACUUGAAGACGUGAAGCAAGAGAAUGAAAAAUUGGACCGGGUCAUUCAUGAGAAAGAUGGCUUACUGAUGGUGCGAAAUGAUCUGAUCAAACUAAUGCAGAGCAACGAAGCUGCUCAUAAAAAGGAGAAAGAUAGAGCAGCCAAUGAAAUUGAGACAUACAAAAGAUAUUUUGAUAAGAUGCAGGCAGAGUUGAGGGAGAAAGACGCUCAGAUGAAAUCAAUCGUCAAGGAAUUGAACAAAAAAGCGAGCGUCAUGGAGAAAACCAAGGCUGUCAUUGAACUGAUGGAGAGACACCAGCAUGACCAGCGAGCGCGUCUGGAGGAGCACCUACGGGAAGUCAAGUCAAAUAACAGCCCUAACCUAAUCAAAAGGAAGAAAGUUACAAAAUAAUGAGUUGUGUAGAAGAACAGCACAAGAUACAGGAUGAGAUCUUAGUAUUAGUGUUCUGAACAAAAAAAAAUUCAAACUUCCAAGCCUGUUCAGAUGGAUGCAAAAAAAAAUAUAUAUAUAUAAAGAAACUAUACCACAAAUUUAUAAAGUUGUAAUGCAUCAAAAAAAAUUUUUAUGUACAAACUUAAUACAUGAACAACUUAUUAGUAAUUAAAUUUUUUUUAUUUUUCUUUAUGCAUAUUGAAAUAUAUGUUGUUAAUUGACUGUU